AUGCAGAAUGGAAGGUGUCAAUGAGGUACAAUCAACUUCCAGGGGGAGCCACGACGAUUUUAUCGAUCGAAUUCCGACGCAUUUUCUCGUCGAACUGACGUCACUGGAUGAGCUCGCAUUUCCGGCAAACUCUACGAAACGGGUUAAGUACACAUGUGUGGCGAGUACAUCGAAAUCUCUGUGCCUUGGCACGUCGACGGGAUCCGUCUAUAUUUUCUCGAGAUAUGCCGCCAAAUCGAGAUCUCGAACGAAUUCGGGUGCUCCGGUACCUGUACAGGUGUUCACGACACGCGAUGGCCAAAUUAGUACGAUCUCAGUAAGCCCAUCGGAAGAACUAAUGGCAAUUGGAGGUGAUAGUGGACGUGUUUCAGUGGCUCAACUCAACAAUGGUCAACCACCAACACUGAUCUACUCAACACCCGGUGAUGCUCGGAGCCCUGAUCGUGUAACAGCUCUCUCAUGGUCUGCCGACUUGAAAACUGUAUAUUCUGGACACUCAUCCGGUACUCUACAUUGUCAUCGGUUAACAAGUCGUUCCGUUUUCCGAGCCGCCCAUCAGAAAUUGAUGAAAUUCGAUGGAGAGAUUAUUCAAAUCGAUACUCUUCAAUCGCACGUACUGAUUGCCACGUCACUAGCCGCCCAUCUUUUCCACGUGGAGUCCGGAACGAUUCAACAAGUGGGAAAGAAGACGAGAAGCUCUCCGGCACCACUUGGUGCGUGUUAUGUACACGGAGAAAGUGCUUUUAUUGUCGCUGCGAGACCCAAUGGAAGGUUAUGGGAAGCGAAUUUGGUUGGAGUUGUUUAUAGAACCCAUCAAUACCGUCAAUCCGGUCAAAUACCCCGUGCACCGCCCAUCUCAUUUCGCUCCGCCUUCCCAACAGACUCCGCCCAAUUCUGCGGACUCCACCCGGACAAUCAAGAUGUGUCACUGCAAAAGAUCCAUGUAAUCCACGUGGACAAUGGUGGUGGGCGGAGCCUCGUCGUCUCCACAGCAGGCUCACGGAUCUGUGUCGUGGAAAUGGAGACGUCACGUGUGACGUGUUGCGCUGAGCUGGAUUAUGAUAUUUUGGAUGUUUCCACGUGUGGAAAUGAUAUUUUUGUGUUGCUCAAUGAUUCGAAAGGAUUACGAAAAUUUAGUGUUUUUGAGAGACAAAAAACGCUGGAAAAAUUGAAUUUAAAGGGCAUUUUUAUGCAGAGUGCCCAACUUGUGCUCUUUUGCUCUCCACACAUCACCUAUCCAAUGCCACUUCUGACAACAAUUAUCGAAGGAUUAGGAACACUUUCCCGUAAAAAAGAGACUGAAAAACUACAAUUAGCCCUUCAAAAAAUGUUGGAUGAACGGAAAAUCAAUCAAUCCACGUAUGAUAAUAAUAUUGAGGAGAUGGAGCGAAAAGAAUCGUUGAAAAAACUGAAAAAGACGCCGGAAUCCAAGAAAUUACCCAGUGGAGUUCAUAGGGUCCUUCAAACCGCCGCCCAAUGCAGUGGCUACGACGACGAUUUCAACUUUUCCACGCCACAAGCUCUCCGUGAAAGAUCCCGCAGUAGCCCAUGUGGUCCAGAAUCUCCGAUUCCCCUCGAAAAACGUGCUUCAGAACCAGCUUCCCUGGAGCUCCGCCAAGAAUAUUGGCGUAAAAACGGGACCCCAGACGUGUGCGAAGAGGAUAUUCUACACCGGGCCCGUCAGAUUUUGGAGGAUGAAAAUUCGGAAAAAUUGGUUGAAAAAGAGUCACUGAGGACACUUUUACAGUUGGAAGGCAUCAAAAAAGACGAAAUUCGCUUCACACCUACCGUAACCAUUGCCAACGCGGCAAAAGCGUUGGCCGAGUUGGCGCUGGCCGUUCCCGUGGAUUUAACGGCCAUUUGGAAUUCUGGAAAUUCCCAAAACUCCCAAAACCCACAAAAUCCCGAGAAAAAUGGGUCAAAAAUCUCGAAAAACCCGCCACAAAUCGUAAAAGUCAUUCGGCCCGGCCACAGACUACAAACUACAACAACUAAGCCCAUUGCUACAGUAACCCCGAUUACGGUACCUGUAGCGAAUGCUGAUGACGUGGCAGUUAACAAUAUGGGAAUGAUUUCCGAGGAAAUGCGCCGGAAACAAGACGAAAUGUGGCUUGAUUUGAGGCUUACGCAGCAUAUUAAAAAACACUCCUCCCACGCAAACGAUGACGUCAUCAUCACCUCAUCUCCAACCUCCAGCAACAAUGUACCAAAAUCCGACACAGAUUACACAUUGACAACCGGCUCCGAGGGUCCUACACCGACUUCUGAGCACAUUUGGACAAAUCCUCUGGAUGAUGACGUCAUCACCCCCACGUCAUCAUCAAAUUGUGCCACGUGUGGUAUGCACCGCUCAUGGGCUGCCACGUCACUUCUGAUGGCUGUGUGCGGUGGUGCAAACGUGCUCCGUGACGAAUUUCAGCGAAAUGGAGCAAUUCCGCAGAGCCACGUAGCAUGGAGCACCCUGCUCCGCCACGUUGCAUCUGUGACGUCAUCACAGGAAGCAAUUUGUCCAAAGUGUGAAAUGUCGCUGAGUACGGUGGAGCGAGUUUGCAGCGACGCGUGGAAAACGGCCAACGGGAUGGCAGAAGAUGGAGUUCGGCCGAAUGUUGAACGGAUUUUCGAGCGAUGUAUUAGUAAUUCGAGUCGGGAAAAGCUAGAGGCAAUUGUGAUGCGGAGGGAAUUUGGGAAAUUUGAAGAUUGCAAGGAUUUUGAUCAAAAAAUCGAUUUUCCCGGGGAAAAACCGAUUAAAAUCGAUGAAACCGACGAAAAUAUCGAUUUUCUUAAUGCCACGUGUCUUCAAUGGACACGGGCGGUCCCGUUGCGAACUUUUCUCGCUCUUUCCGUUUUUACUAUCGGAAAAAAGGCGACAAUCUCGAUUAUUACCGCAGAAAAUCAAUAUAUUGCCCGGCGAAUGGCGCCCGCUGAUUGGUGUUCGAUUGUUGUGAUAGGAGCCCGUGAAAUUGGGUUUAAGGAUUUGUUAGGGGUUAAGACAAUAACUUCCGUAUUCGACUCUGUCGGAGCUUCUGGAUGGGUAGCGCCACGUGGCAAACCCCCACCAACCGCCGCCGCCGCCACGUCAUCCCGCAAAGUGACGUCACCAAAUGGCUCAGCGCCGGCUCCGUCGAUCUCUAGCUGGAUUGUUGACACGAAUGGAAAAUGCCCAAUGUGCACACUUCCCGUAAAAAUGGUAGUUGGCGGUGCGGAUCGAGGUGUCAUUUCGUAUUUCUGUGGACAUGUGUAUCAUAAAAUCUGCCUGACGGGAAGAUUUAAUGCCGGCUGCGUAGCGUGUCGAGUACGGGCUCGGCGAGCAACUCGCGCGGGAUCCUCUGCCACGUCAUCGCCUGUUGCGUCACCGAUUAUGUCGCCACGUCAUCAGAAGAUUUAAUAAUUGUUUUAUUUUACCUCAUUUUUCCUAUUUUUCCCCUUGUAAUUCAUUUAAAUUGCUCAAAAAUCGCUUUCCACUCCCCGCCAAAAUUAGGUGAACACGUCAAUUGUCCGUGGAGCGCACUUACUGCCUCAUCUCGUUUUUAAAGAAUUUUUUGCAUUUGCCUUUGUUGUAAAUUAAUUUAAUUGUAAUUUGUACAUUUUCCGGGUCUAUUUUAAGCUUAUAAAUUGGAAUUCUCAG